ACCCAAAUGUUGGUGGAAGGGAUGAAUUUCCCUGGAAUGUAAAUUUAAAAUAAACUUCAGUUGCACAUUUGAGUUCACAAGUCCAAGUACUCGCUCGUUCCCAAGUUCGUGUUGCCAUAGAGUUUGGCAAAAAUGAAUAUAAAUAUGGUUGUGAUUAUAAGAAUAAUUUUGACUUCAUUAUUUUUAUUAAACAUUAAAAAUAGUGGCGUUGAAUCGAUAACGUUUCUUACGCGAAAUGACUUAAAUCUUAUGGACAAAGUUGACAAUUUUGAACGAUCGCCAUACGAGCUUGCGGAUAAAAUGGAAGCGAGAAAUAACCAAGCGAAAAACGGACAAUUCCCAUGGAUGGCUGCUGUCCAUGCACUUUAUCUUGAUAAAGUCUGGACUUACAGAGUCUGCGGAGGGUCAAUAAUAGCAGCACGAUGGGUACUGACGGCCGGUCACUGUGUAAAAAAUAUAAAAGAAUUUUUGGUGAUAUUCGGUGACGUUGACAGACGAAACUCUGGAUACCGAACUUAUGACGGACCUGGAGUUGCAAUGCUGGCUACUGAUUCUGUUAUUCAUCCAGAUUACCAGAUAAAUGUCAACGAUAUCGCGCUACUUUAUAUGCCGGAAGAUAUUCCGUUUGGACCGACAAUAAAACCAAUAAGACUAGCAGGACGCAAUGAAGUAUACAAGUCGUACGCAGGAAGGCAGGCACUGGUUUUGGGUUGGGGUGGAGAUGGAAUAUCACAAACAAGACGCGACUCACUUCAGUUUGGUUUCCUGCCAAUUAUUUCACAGGAGAAGUGUUUUCUAGAUUGGGACCUACCAGAAAGUGUUGUCUGUACGGCAGCUAAUACUGGGGUCGACGCUUGCAAAGGAGACAGUGGAAGUCCACUUGUGAUAGACAGCAACCGGUACCAUGAUUACUUGCAAAUCGGCAUCGUAAGUUCUGGUUACGAUGUCGAAUGUCCGAGUUCGAGACCCGGUUUGUACACACGAGUUGAUUAUUUCAACGAAUGGAUUUAUUUUGUCACGGGAAUACAAUAUUAAUAUUAAUUUUAAUUAAUUAAAAAAUUAGAUAAUUAUACGACAUAAUUAUAGACCAAUAAAAAAUUUUAUACGGUCGAAUUUGACGUGAUUAUUAAAAAUUAAUUUAAUUUUUUAUUUUUCAAAUAUUCAUUCACUGUCACAAAAAAAUUUUAUUUAAAAUGAACUAGAGAACUGAAAAAAAAAAAUUCGUUUGGUAUUUUCAAAUUCUAACCGGAAAUAACUGAAAUCGUACUUCCGCACAAAAUUUUUUUUAAACUGAAAAAUCCGUAAUUUUGUUUUAACUUUCAAUUGAAUGUUAAAAAAAAAUAAACGAUUAAGUCAUAAAUUAAUUUCAUUAUAUUUAGAUCUAGAUCUACUUUUAUUUAAUUUGUAAUUAAUCACGAUACUUAAUUAUUAUUAACAAGUAAAUAAUUAAACUGUAAAUAAUUUAUCAUUUAUUUACU